GCUGUAGUUGUUAGCGCACAGCUUCAAUUUAACAUUGACUGUAAUGUAGUUAAGCUAGCUAACGUCACUGACAACAAUAGGCGUACUCUCAUGUGUUUUCUAAGUUCCAGAUAAACAAUGUUCAAGAGAGCGUCGCAGUUUUAAAAGGUCCCUCCGAUUAUUUCUUCUGUCUAACUCUGUUAACGGAGUGGUCACCGCAUUGUUAGCUGGUUUGUACAACUGUCAAUUAUGUCGAGCUAGCUUCACUUCCGCCGGUUUCACAGCUGUUUAUAAACAUGAGCUCAAAGUAGUCGGACUUAGCUUCGAGUGGCUCGACAUGCUUUGCUGUUUACACACAGCUGCCAUGCUACAGUGACUCGGAGGUCUUCCAAGAACAGACCCUAAAGUGUGAGUAUCAUAUUACUGCACACAGACACGAUAUGAGCCGCUGUCCGAUGAGAAGGAAAUGUUUGUGCUGCAGCGCUCGCCACUGACUCAGAACAACUUUCAUCACAACUUUCACUUUACCGAGUCCUAUUUUUCAACUCGCAGACUUUGUCACAGUACUACCAUGAUUACCCCACAUGACAAAAGUGGUGUAAUAGAAACCCUACUUACUUGGUCCUUCUCAGAUUUAGAGAUUUUGUCUCCGUCGCCUCCUCCUUCUCCUCCUGUGUCUCUCAUUGUUGUCUUCCUCUCUGAUCGCCUCAGUGACAGAUAACAGGGGGGAAGGCUUCAAGAUUUCUUUCUCACCAUUUUUCAGUGAUCAGAUUCAUUCUCUGAGUUGAUAUCACAUAAUGUGCCCCAAAACUAUGGACAUGCUAUUUCAGGACACCAGGUGCAGAUCAGACACACCACACAGGUGAGGGUGUGGUUUUUACAAGAGGUAGGCAAACUGCACAUUGUGAAAAUAAAGGAGGGGCCAGCUAAAACCACAGAGACUGCAUACCUGGGGUGUGAGCUGAGCCAGACUAUAAUCCACUAACAAAAUGACUUCAUUUCACUGGCAAGAUCCCCUCUUUUGGGGCAAAAAAGCUCUUGGUCGCUAAUGGUACACACAUUACAUUACUACUGUCGCAGACAGAUAACUGAGGACAUGCAAGCUUAUGCUGUGAGUAACAUUCAUGUGUCCUCUUGGCUAAAAAUACCACACUAUAAGACCUGGAUUUCCAACGGUGCAAGUACUGAAACACCAUCUGAGACAAAGCCAUGUUCCUGUCAUACAAAAAUGUUUUCAUCAUGUUCAUUUAGUUUGAAUAAAGAAGGAAAAGUGUCCCAACAAAACAUAAAGUUAAUGGUUCACAUAUAGGUACCCACAGAAACUCCAUUCAACUGGUAGGGAUCUGAACAAAAUGCAAAGCCACACACGUUGAUAUAAAAUAUUUAUUAAACAAUAUACAUAUAUAAAUAUUGAGGGAUUUAUAUUAAAAAUAUAUUAAAAGAAAGCAUUUAACGCAGCAUUCACACAUCCACAUUCUGUGUGCUUACAGAGCAUAAAUCCAUGAAAAGUACCAGUCAGUCUGAACAUUGACACUGAUGUUUGGUUGUACAUAUAUUUUGAGAACUGUCCUCCUCUUCACUCCUCAAUAGUUUUCUUUCCUCCUGUCCCUAUUUGCCGAAUCCUUGCGGGUCACUGGCCUUCACAGACUCAUCUUUAUCUUUAGUCUUGCUGAUGUGGUACAAAGUGUUGGCCAGGUUGUGAAGCUGGCAGGUCCCGAGCUGGCAGCCGCGCUGGGGUGCACGCCUUGGACGCAGUUUCAUUGCCAUGCUGUCGAAGGAGGAAAAAAAGUGAAAAAUUAAAAUAUAAUUCAAAAAUAAUCUUGAGUUUUGAGAGGUAACAGAUUUGCUUUACUUUGAAAUAGGAUAUCAAACACAGAGACUUGUGUUUUCAACUAUAGCCAGCAGUGUUAAGUGGUUACUAAUGUGAUGCUCUCACCUGUGUUUCAUUGCAUUCAGGUCCACUUGUUUGUCCUCUGGAUAAAAUGGGAUGAUCUUCAGUGCCUGAAAAUGUUGCUUCUGGGUGUCCUCUGAGCUUUCAACAGCUGAGACCUUGACAGUGUCCUCUUGAAGGGCAAUAUCUGCCUCCUUGCUGUGGGUCAGAAAAUAGGUACGUUAACAUACAGAAUUUGUUACCAAGAAAAAAAAAAAACAGACGCUUCAGUCACUUUUUCUACAGCAUCACAGUUUCUUUGGAGUCUGUGUUGUAAAUGUAUUUUUCCAACACUUUUGUGCCAAAAUAGUUAUGAAAUUAUAUGUGCAACUGUAAAUUGCGCUUAAUUAUUAUUAAAUGAAUGUUUCACAUUAUCAUAAACUGUAUCUACUGAUGUCUUCACUAACCUGUGAAGUGGUCUAAGUGGUGAGGCAGCAGUCAAAGGCACAGUCAGUAGCAGCAGAACAGCUAUCUCCAUACCGCACAGGCCUGUGGUAGAAAAACCAUUAGUGAUGCUGAGGACAAAGCACCCUCCUAACCAGAAUUGUUCCUUAUAAAUUGCCUGUACAAGUCAAUAUUACCAAUAAAUAACAGAUUCCAUUUCUUUUUACAAGGAAAAAGGUCAACAAAAGAUGACAAUAAUUAUUUAGAGAUGUGUCAAAACAUCGCAGGCACCAAUCCAGAAUGUUACUUACCGCCAAGAAAACCAGAAAAUCAGCUGUGGCUUUUGGAGUGAACCACUCGUAGUGUCUUGUUUAUGGUCGGAUGCUCAAGUCUGACAUCCCUCUCCACCUCAGGUCCUUUAUAGUGUGGUAGCAGGGUGAAGGGGUGUGUCCAUGUUGUAGUCAUACUGGCAAAACCGAUUCCCAGGCUCAUGAUUAAUCAGUUAAUCAGGGUGGGAGUUUUAUUGUUUAUUUACUACAGGUAGGAUUCCAGCGUAAACAAACCUUUAACAGUUUGAUUGCAAUAUUAUGUUGUACAUAAACUCAGGGACGUCUUAUCUUUUGCUGAAGUUUACAUUGGUUCUUAUAUCUUGGUUUUGCACCUUCCCCUAAACCCCCCCAAUUCACAUCCUCCUCCAUCCCUCAGCUCCCUCUCUCCACUCGCUGCUGAGCAAUUGUUCCAGAAAUCAUUCUUUCAUCCCCAUCACCUGCAGGAAGCUGACAGAGCCCAAAAUAACCCGAUUCUCCUCCAGGCUUUUCUUUAUCGCCUCAUUUUUCCUGUGCCUUUUUCCCUUGAGUCACUUUGGCCAUCAGCGUGUUUAUUCCUGAAGUGUCCUUCACUCAAUCCCCCUCCCACAUACAGUGUUUCAAACAGAACGUCUUGGUCUUUCCUCAAACGUGUAAAAAUAAAUGUAGAAAACUCAAUUUCAGAUAACUGUGCUAUCAGGGCUUGUUCAUAGCCCCUUAAUUUCAUUUUAAAAAAGUUCUAACCUUUUUGGUUUAACACAUGCCUAAAUAUAAACACAUCCGGAGAGUUAUCUCAUAAUUUUUUAUCUUCUGAUAAUACAGGAAUUCCCAAAGGGUGAGCAUCAUGUUUAGUGAUUUCUUACCACGCACUAAAUUUCUCCCAGCUUCUCUAAUUCUCUCUCUGAAUCACAACUUCCCCUCUGGAGCCCAUUGUCUACUCUUCCUGUGACCAUCUGGGCAGGUUGUGUGUAGUCAGAGUAGUGCACUGAGUCAUUACUAGCGCGCGUGCACAAGAAAACGUUCGCAGUGGAAUGAGAAAGCAGUCUCAUGAUUCCCCGUAAAGUCUAGAGUUGAUUACCUGUUUCAUGAGUAAUCAACUAACAAAAUCUUACAACUUGCGUGACAAAAAGAAGCAGUCACUCAGUGAAGCAUAGCAGGCUUUCAUCACCACAACAAAAAAAGACGAACCCCAGUCAACAGACAAGUCCAGUCAAUGGAAAUAAACAGCUUUAGGUUGUUUAGUGCUGACUUUUUUGUACAUUUUCAAUACUCACUGAUAACUAUGGUACAUAUGGAAUUAAAAAUCUAUCAAGAGAAUAUUAAAUAGAGAAAACGUAAUCCUUAGUUGCAAUGUUACAUUGAUUGGUACAUUGAUGGUACUUCAUGUAUGUAUGUAUGUAUGUAUGUAUGUAUAUAUGUGUAUGUAUAUAUAUAUAUAUAUAUAUAUGUGUGUGUAUGUGUAUGUAUAUGUUUUUUUAUGUAUUCUGUUGAGUUUAAUCUAAUUUUGAUCAUUUGAUUUUAUUUUUCCUUCAGUGAUUCUGAUGUGGUCUUGAUUUGUUUUAUUGCCCUUUACAUGGGUAUGCGUGCGUGUAUAUAUGUAUAUAUGUAUAAUGUAUCAUGUAUAUAUUGUCUGUUCUUAGAUAUGAUCUAUUUAUUGCUGGUUUCCAUCCCAUAACAAUACAAGUGUAGGCUGUGAAAAACAUUGUACAAUGCAAGAUAUAACUACUUGCUCCCUGGGUGUCUGGUGGGUGGGUAUGUAUGAAAAAUGAAAUAAAAAGUGGGUCACAAAAAAAAUGUGUUUUGAUGCACAAAAAAUGAACCUACCUCUUACAUUUAUUUAUAAAGGCUUCUAAAUGCAUAUACAGUCUUUAUGACAACCCUUUUGAGUGUUCAUAAGCUUAUAGCAAUGUUUACGAAGUGAGCAUAAUGUAUUAUAACUGAAUGAUUUACAAUGUAUUUUACCUUAAUGCAAGAGAAAAAACUGUGUCUUUUGAAUCUUGGGUUAGAUAACACAUAACUCUCACAACUUUACCCAGUUAUUAGGAUUUAUAAAGAAUUCAUUCUAUAUAUCAAACAAAAAAAAAUUAUAAUUUCUCAACUCAGAGAACGUCCCAUCAUAGUAAAGCACUUAGAGACACAUUGAUAAGAAUUUACAAGCAGGAUUUUGUGGCCCUACAAUCCAUGAUUUUGAGUUGAGGGCAACUUCAAAAUAAUCAGUCCUAACAAUCUUAGACUGCUCCUCUGUACAUGAAUUUGUGAUGGUGAUGAGCACAGGAAAAAGUGAUGAAAAGUACCUACAUUUUGUCACAACCCACUCUAAAAAUCAGAAUAUCAUGGUUUGAAAAAUCAUUGAAACCAUAUAUUCAACUGAAAAUGGUGCUGAAACUGAACUUUAAAAACCUGAUCCCAGUAACAGUUGAAAAAGGAUCAUGUUUACCAUUAUAUUACGUCACCUCAUUUUUAAACAACUCUCUGUAAACCUUUGAGACCAGUUCCUGGAAAUAUUGUAUCACUCUAACCUGAUAGGUUCUACUGUUUGCAGACUCCUUUGUCAGAUAUUAUUUCGUGAUGCACCAAAUGUUUUCAAUGGGUGACGAAUUAGGACUGCAGGCGGGCCAGUUUAGCAUCUUCAGAAUCAUGCCGCUGUAAUCCGAGCAGGAUGCUGUUUGGCAUUGUCUUGCUGAAAUGUGCAAGGUCAUCCCUGAAAAAAGGCAUUGUUUUAUACAUUUUGAUCGGUCACGCUACGGGACAGUUUUCCACUUUGAAUCAGUCUAUCUCAAAUGCACUGGGGCCAGAGAAGUCAGGAGACGUCCCUGUUGAUGUUUUUUACAUUACAACGUUUUAACAUAACAGAUCCUGUUGUCCCUAUCCCUGCAUUUCAGAAACAAGUUCCUGGCAUCAAAUUUGAAUUAAUCAUUUAUCUUUAUUAUGAAUAUUGUGAAUGUGAUUACAAUUAAUGUGUUCAGUUAGAAUUGUCUUUGCACCAUACUCAUUUUAAUAAGAGGUUUACAUGACUCGCAAACCAUUUGAAUCUGUUUUAGCAACAUUUUACACGGCAUCCAAACUUUUCUUAAUUGGGAGUAUGGAAGGGAAAUGGAAAUGCUGUAAAUUACCUCCACACCUUAUGGAAUAUAGCCAAAACAUGGAGGAGUCAAACUAUUAUUCGGCUCUCACAGCUAUCACAAAAACAGGGGUUUAUGCUCCAUGUUGGGCAAAAAACAAUUCGUCAUAAGUGGACUGAAAAGGUCACAAAGGCCAGUGGAGUUUAGGUUACAUGUCAUUUUUUGUGUCCUAGAUAUUACAACAGCAACUCAUGACGUCGCUCUGUGUCAGGAAUCAGGAUGAUUAAAGCAGGUGGUCCAGGAUUGAUUCAUCAGGGAUGUCUGUUGUUUUCUUCCACUCCUUUUAAAGGUCACUGAGGGUCAUUUGUCUCUUUUAGCUCUAACUUGUUGAUGUCCUCCAUCUCAAGUGUCUUAAUUUAUCUUGAAGAAAUACAGGUUCCCUUCCAUGAGAAGACUUUUCUCCCACUAACCCUGACGUAGCGUACAUCCUGUUGUUGUUAGUCUGCAAACACCAGCCGGCCACUUCAGCCUCCUAGCUGUGUUUCCUCUACCCACCGGGUACGAGAGCGAGCAUCCUGCCAGGAAAGCCUGCCAUUCACUCGCACAUCAUCUUCUCACACAUUACGUCUCUGAGGGCACUCAAGACACUUUACAACAAGUGUGUGAACUCUAACCUUAUUUUCUUUUUAGGACUGCUUGUUUCAGGGUUUAAAAUAGUACAGCCAGGUUGAAAACAAAAAACAUCAGAUUUACACGAGGGCAACCUGAUUGAUCUAUUUACUUACAUUUUUUAAAGGUGCUCUGAUUUCUUGCGGAUAGAUUUUAACUGUCUGUCGUUGAUGAAUAGAGUCAAAUUUUUAUGAUCAAAAAAGCAGUCGAUGUUGUCAUUCAGUGGAAAUUUUUUACUACACUUAUUGUGCAACACUAAUAUCCCUGAGGACCUUUUAAUGAGCUUGACUCAGCCAUGAAAUAGCUCCAUCAUGUGGUGCUGCUCACAGCCUGCAUUUAAAAACUGCAUGCACAUCUUUUUUACAGUGACUUUACAAACAAGGGGGGGAAAAAUGACGUUAUCUAAGGUGACAGUGCUGAUGCCUACUUAUGCUGCGUUUCUAGGUUCAUCUUUGCCGUCAAAAGCUCCUGCAUGGUUAUACAACAACCUGAAUUCCCUGAUAAAACUAAAGUCUUAAUACUAUUACGUAGGUCAGUCAUCCUCAAGCCAUUAAGAGAUUUUAUUGAAAGAGUGUGUCAGAUUCAAGAGGAGAGAAGGAGAGAGAGAGAUGUGCCACGCAUGUCUAGUAAACCUGUAGGUUAAAGGGUCAACACAGUGAUAUAAGCUUAGAGUCCAUUAGUGGAUUAUAACCAUAGCUACUCCAUGAGUCCUGCACCUCUCUGGGAUUAAAUAGAGAGAGAAAGAGGUGCAGAAAGAGCAGAGUGUGAUAGAUACGCCAAGUGCAGUAACAGUGCAAUAACUAGAAAGCAAGUGUAUUCAUCGAAUCGAAAAGCAGAGCAGAGUUUACUGUGUGAAAUUGGACUCGGCGCUGGAGGACAAGCUCAGCUAAAGUAUUCUGGUUCUGGGAGGCUUGAUUUGAAAUUUUUGUACAUCCGUGGUUUAUCACCAGACUGGUAUCGUGAACAGCACAGGUAAGCUGCGACAAAAAUAUGUGGUAAGACUCUUUGAAUCUGUCUGUGUGUUUAUAAUGCAUCCUAGAGCUGAGUCAGUGGGCAUAAACUGCAGAUUUAGCUCUCAGCAUCUUGAACAUUUGUGAUGGGGUGGUAGGAAAAUAUUUUAUUAUAUCUUCUAAUAUCAUAAUUAAGGGAUUUUGUUUCUAUAUUCUGAAAAUUUUCUGUUCAUAUGGUGUUUUUUUUUUUUUCUUUUUUAGACAUUGACAUAUUGACUCUUUAAUUACUAUCCUCACUGUUAUGUAACCUUAAUUUUAUUAUGACCUGUAUGAUUAUUCCUCCCCCAUGUGUGUGUUUGUAUGCAGUAAACAUGGUGGUGGAUCUGGAAGGGAUUAUCCACUGUAUCAAGCUGGGGGAUGAGACCGGUAUUCAAUCACUGCUGCAGGAGUUCAACAAAGAGGUAGCACAUUAUAAAAGCUCACACACGGCGUCAGGUAUUUUGUGACAAUCUCAGCCCAUGACUUUGCCUUCUCAUCUUCAUUACAGUACGCAGAGUGCUUCUUCCUUGAUGCAGAGGAGAGAGAGCAAAGGAAAGUAAGCCUGUUAAUGUUUGUUGCACCUGUUACCUGGAUUUCUUCCCCUUACCCGGUUACUUAACUCAUUAACUGAACUCUCCCUGCUACAGUCCGUCUGUGAUUAGUAAUUCUGCUGUAUGAGUUGACCCUGAUCCUCUCUCCUUCAAUGCUUAGGCAGAUUGAGCACAAGCAGAGUGACUGACACUCUAACACUGCAUGUAAUCUCUUCAGCAAUCACUUUGUUAUUACUGUCAUUGUACAUGCGUUCUGAGGUCUUACUCGUAAACAUCUCUCAGCUGAAAAGUAGCUUAAACUGCUCGAGUUAGGUAUUCACACUUGAGGUUUUUGGUUGGAGGAGUUAGAGGCACAAAUACUUUAUUAGGCGCUCACUUCGACAAGUUUAUACUUGAUCAAAAAGUAUACACUUGAAAAGAACAAUAAAACAAGUGCACGCUUGAGCAAGGUAAUACUGGAUUAAAAGUGCAUACCUGAUGUGUAUACAUUUGAACAAGAGCACACUUGAACAAGGUAAUAGAUGUCAAAACAACAUUUCCCCCUUUAAAAAAUAAAUAAAUAAAUCUGACCACGCCCCCUUUUGGGUGAAAGUAGCCCAUCCAAAUGAAUCCAUCCGUGUGAAUUUCUGGGCCUUUGGCAAUCAAAUGUCCUGAAAUAAGAAAAACAUAUUAUUAAAUGGCUGUUGACAGCCCAAAUUCAAUGGCCUGUAAGACAAACACAUUAAUCUUUGUAAUCAGCAAUCAACAAUGUAACAUUAGAAAAAAAGUUCAAAAUGUAAGAGUUUUUAUGAUCAAACGAGAUCUAUGACCCCAUCCUGUGACCGAAGAUUUUAAAUAACUAAUAAUGUAUUAAUCACAACAUAAAUGUGAGUAUUUUACCUGUCUUACCUAAGAUGGGCCAUCACUUUGUUGUUCAACCAUCAUUCUUGUUUAUAACAUCUGGCACUAUACAGGGCAGUAAUAUAGUGGUAAAUAGCAUAGCUGUAAGUGCUGUCCUCAGAAGCCUUGAGCAGUAAAAGCUUUCGACUGUUUCUGUCAUCAAGGCCAAGAAGGGGUAAUCACAGAGAUUUUCUACUCAAAUAUCAUAUAUAUUUUUUAUUCUCAAUCGUGAACUACCCCAAAGAUGCCCGCUACAAUAUGAUAAUCAAAUGUAUUCAACAUGUAUACAUUUGUCAGAGUGAAUCCGACUUCAGUUAUUAAAUCUAACACCUUAUUUACAUUAAAUAUUUUUUUAAUUAUAUGUAUGUAGGAUCUUUGUAGUGAUUGAGUGCAUUUUUUAUUUGAUUUUAAGUUUAAGAAAGUCAGUUUUUUUUUUUUCAAUAAAUUUGUGUCCUGCCCUGUCUUGUCUUACCUCUCUGUAUUGCUAAGUAUCACAAAUCAUAUUUAUUGACACACACAUCUAGCCCAGGAAUAUUGUAUGAUUUUGACACACAACAGCAAGCUUGAUCCAGCUCCUGCUCUCACUCACAGGGUAACUUUGCCCUGAGCAUCUUUGUGAGAGCAGACAAAAAAACUGAAAAGGACACCAAAAGGACAGAAAAAAGCUCUGAUCGAAUUUUCUGUCUCUUCUUUUGCUGCCCCGCUUACUGAAAUCCUGCGGUCCACGUCUCAAAGAAAAGAAAACUAGAAGAGGUACAGAUAAUAAUGUUGGUUUUAACACUCUGGCACUCUAAAUCAAAUACUACAAUCAAGUGUGGAACAUUUGAUCUUAUUUCUUUGCUCUUCUGUUCUAGUUCAGAGAGAACAAAGUGAGGGAGGUCACUGAUUCUGACUCAGACUGUGAUGAGUUUGAACAGGAAAAAGGAGACCUCAUCACCAGACAGGUACCAGCAUUGUCACACUCUGCUUCUCAAGAGGUUUUUCUUUGGAAGCAUAUCUUAAACUGAGUUAUUUUUCUCUUUUUUCCCCUUUCUCUAGAAUUUAGCUGCUGUCCUUGUGAGGUUCAUUAGAAAACAAGUGAGCUGCCAUGUAUUGAGAUUAUGUCUACGCUCCCUGAGAAUCCUCUCAAGGGACAAAAAGGUUCUGGGCCCCCUGGUGACUGACAGUGCCCUUCUCACUUUGGCCAGAGUAGCCGGGCUGACCACAAGUGAUGCAAGUGAAGAAGUCUGUGACCCUGACACUGAUUUCUAUGAUAACACCAUUGCCUCUCUGGCUAAGGCCCGAGUGCUGCAGAGUCGCACAGAUGAGGACAGAGGCUGCGGUGAAGCUGAUGACCCAAACAAAGGGCACUCUGCCUUCGAUGACAGCAUCAGCUGGAGCGGGAGUCACAGGCCCAGCGUCAAUGAAAUGCACCAAGCUGGCGACCAUCACAGGGUGCUAGAGCGAGGGAGGAGGGAUCGCAGAGAGAGCAAAGGGGAUGAAGAUGAAGAGGAGGAGGAGGGGUCAGGAGAGGAGAUGGGGAGGAAAGAGGCCAUGAAGGUGUUGUGUAACGUGGUGUACAACAGCACCUGGGCUCAGGAGAGGUUCAGUGCUCUCAGGUGGGCUUCUUAAGACAGAGAAAUGCGUACAGAGCAAUCCAAAAUAAUGCCAAACCUUAUCAAACAGAAAAAAAGUGAGUCCACAGUUAAAGAUUGUGCUAUGCCCAAAUUUCAUUGAAAAAAAACAAACUCCAGCUUGAAGGUAAUUGUGAAAAAAGACAAUUCUAAACUCAGAGAAAUGAAAAGAUUGUGAAAGGCCCAGGCCUAAGUUUUUAUACCCAUCAACUUAUUUCUAAACCUGCUCAUGUUUUUCUCUUCAAUCAGGCUGAUGUGUGGCCUCACAGAGCGUCUGUCCUCCAGUGCAUGCUUUUCAUCUCCCUCCAGUGUUCAGUUUUAUGAACUACGCCUCAUGUUCCUCAUGACUGCACUACGGCCAGAGCUUAGGACUCAGCUUCAACAGGUCACUCAACCUCUCUUAAAGAUACCGUAUCAAAUAUAGUUUAUUAUUUACAAUGGUGGUAACAAAUGCGUCAAUUAUUUUGAUAACCAGUGUUUCUACUGGCUUCACUCCAGCUCUCACACUGGUUUUGUCACAACAGGCGGGUGGUGUGUCCAUCCUCACUGCAGCCUUAGAGAGCAGCCUGGAGGCUCAGUGGAAGGACCAGUAUGAGUGUGCGCUGGGCCCAGCAGCAGUGACACCCAUCUCAUUGGAAGCCUCUCAGCGAAUCAUAGAGAUCCUGAAAAUCCUCUUCAACAUCACCUACAGCACACACAGGCAGGAGCCAAGUGAGGUCAGUGACAGUCAUGGGUCACUGGGUGAAGCCGUCAUGUUUGAGAAAAUGUACAAAGGACAGACUUUACAAAAUCUUGCCCUUCUUUACUCUCAGCUGUACUGAGAAAGAGAUUUUUUUCUGUUAUAUCAGCCCAGAACAACCAGGAGUAAAGAAAGAGGGAUAAUCUGUGUCUGUGUUUAUUCUCUUCUAGAAAGAUGCAGCCCUCUACCGUCACCUGGUGGCAAUCCUUCGUCUCUGCCUUAUGAGGAAGUGCACACUUAUGGAUGACACAGAUGAACUGCAGGGGUGAGCAUUUAUCGAGUGGGCAAAGAUGGAAAAAAACAAUCAGAGUCAAUCAUGGGUUGAAAUAAGCUAAAUAGACCCAUAUAAAAUCAUACAAUGUUAUGAAGGUGAUCUGGAUACUAUGGAGAUGUUAAAAGCAUGUGCAACAAUGGUACAAAAAUGGUAAAUAGAGAGAAUCUUCGACAGUCAGUCUUAAGUAUUCAUAAGUUUUCUGAUUCACUGAAUUAAAAAAACAAGAGAUUUGUGUAAGUCAAUAUGAGGUGUAGGCUCCUUUAACACUGUCUUAAAUUUACAGGAGGCAUAAACAAAACACAACAGUAACAGAACGUAAAUCAAAAGUUUAAAAUCACAGUCCUCUCCAUAGAUUUUUAAAUUAUUUAUUCAUUUGUAUAAAUAAAUAAAUAAAAAUAAAUAUUUCUAGAUAUGACUUUAUUUUUCUUACCGGUUACUCAACUUAGACUUCUAUAUGGAAUUUUUCAGCAAUCCAACCCACAUCUCUGGAAGUCUUAUUUUUUUAAUCUCAAUUAAUUUGAAUUAAGUCUCGAAUUUGUAAUCAGCAAAGAACAAACAUUAGAUGUGGUUGUUUCUCCCUCCUCCCUUGUAUUAGUUCUGUAUAUAACCCUUCCUGAGUUUCAGUGCAUGCAGGUAGUAAACCUAUGAAUUCAAUGUGCCAAAUUUAAUCACAUACUUCUGCUCUGUGCUCUUUUCUUGUAAACCUCCUCUCUGUUCUGUGUUUGUUUCUCAGUCACACAGUCAACCUGCUAACAGCACUACCUCUGCAGUGCCUGGAUGUGCUGCUGGUGACUCCUCUGCAGGCAGACUCCCAGCAGAGCCAGGGCGUCAACAUGGAUUGUGUUCACAUCCUGCUGCUGUUUAUGGAAAGACGUCUGGAGUCGGUAAGGCAGAAAUGCAGAGAAGGGGCUAUAUGGCUGUGGGAAAACAGGGGUUUAUUCUUGAUAAAAACAGUUUCUUUUGGCUGAAAUACACUAAAAGAUCUUUUGAAAUCAUGUUUAGGGUGACAAGGUCAAAGAAAAACUGACACCAGUCCUCAACCUGCUGACAGAGAGCUGCAGGGCCCACAGAGAAACACGCCAUUAUGUCAGGAAACAUGUAAGAAUAACUGAUAUUUGAUUAAAAAACAACUGAUAAAUCUUUAUUGGAUUGUACCAAUGUUUACUGCUCUAUUUUUUAGAUCCUGCCCCCUCUGAGAGACUUAUCACACAGACCAGAGGAAGGCUCCACAGUGAAAAGUCGUCUGAUCCGUCUCAUGACUCAUCUGGACACAGACCUCAAACACUGUGCUGCUGACCUUAUCUUUGUUCUCUGCAAGGAAAACGGUAUCAUUAGACGAUAAAACUUUAAUUACAUUGACAUAUUUUGUUUUCAGUUUAAAAAAUUCCAGGAGGCACUAUUUAUCCCCCUCUUCUCCUUCCAGUGAGACGGUUUGUCAAGUACACAGGCUACGGUAACGCUGCAGGCCUGCUUGCCACCAGGGGUUUAUUGGGAGGCCAGAUGUCCAGGACCCUCAGCUCCAAGACCCAGUAUUCAAGUGACUCAGACUCAGACACAGAGGAAUAUCGUCAGGUCAAAGAUCGUGUGAACCCAGUAACAGGGCGGGUGGAGGCAGAGCAGCCUGACCCCAUGGAGGGCAUGACGGAGGAGGAGAAGGAGGAGGAGGCUAAGAGGCUGAUCAUGCUCUUCGAUAAGCUGUCCAGGUCAGUGUAACGGUACUUCAUUAAAAUGAAUAAUAGAGGAUAAAAAAGAUUAAAAAGUUCAUAAGUACAAUGUAUAUAGUCAAGAAUAUCUGUAUUUUAUUUGAUCUGCAGGGAUAAAAUAAUCCAGCCAAUGGGAGUAAACUCAGAGGGGAAGCUCGUCCCAAUGUCGGGGCUCAGAGAAAACUCCAUCACUGAGGGGAGAGAGUCUGAUUCAGAGAACGACGAGGAAGAAAAGGGGGGGAAGAAGAACUGAAACAUGGCAAAAAGAAUUAGAAUAACUUUAUUUAUACUAAUACAUAUGUAUACGAAUAUAUAUUUAAUAUUCAGUGUCCAAUGUGGAAAAUUUGACAGCUCAUAAAUAUUUGUUGUAUCAUGUCUGAAGACGUGAAAACCAAGCUAAGAGUGUAAAGUCCCAAAGUUAAAUCAACAUAAGGUGUAAUGAAAGCUCCACUUUUUAUCAUUUUUUAAAUUUGGACUAGAACUGCAGCAUAAAGGCCCCACUAGAUAGAGAUGAAAGUAAAUUUAAUGGCAUUGAAAGAGAUUAUUUUAGUCAUGUCUUGAACUCCUGAUGUUCUUUCUUGUUUGUGUCUUUACGUCUUGUUAGAUUUGGUUUAUCUAUUCUGAACUAUCACCUAGAAUAACUUCCAAUAAACAUUUUUAAGAUCUGA